AUGGACACUUCCCUCCGUCGAAUCUUACUACGAGGAAGACCACGCCCUAAACAUCAUACAACCACGACCACAACUUUCUGGCCAACCUUCCAAUUUUCAAGUCCCGCCCAGUCUUUGGCACGCCAUUAUUCCGCAACAAGGCUCAACGUUAUCUGCCCCAAUUACUCAUUUGCAGCCCUCCUGCGCCUUCGACAGAGUCCGAAGUCUCCGCGGACCUCAUACCUCUCUAGUUAUCAGAAAUCGAGCGAAGGUCUGUUAUUCAAUAAAGUCAACUCGUCGCUGAUCAGUGUCGGUCGAAUCAAUCAUACAAUGGCAGCGUCUGGGCCUGUUCCGGAGAAUGCUACACCUGCAGCCCAAGAAGUAAAACCCCUCACUGGAGUCGAAGCUUCGAAGCGUCUAGCGGCAUACAGAGCAGUCGAGGAUCAUUUCGACCCGUCAUAUAGUUACAUUGGAAUCGGAUCUGGUAGUACAGUGGUCUAUGUUGUUGAAGCAAUUGCUGCCAAAGGACGAGAUGUUACCUCCCGAAUGACCUUUGUACCAACUGGCGAGCAGAGCAAGCAAUUGAUCAUCGAGGCAGGUCUUCCAUUGGGAAGUAUAGACGCGCUACCCCCUGUUGAAGUGGAAGAGACUGAGAUGGGCCGGGUUUCAGCACUGCACGUCGCUACGGGACUUCAAGAUUUAGGUCUGAGAGGGAAACGCCAAAGCAUCGAUGUGGCAUUCGAUGGAGCAGACGAGAUCGACGAAGAGCUUAAUUGUAUAAAAGGAGGUGGAGCUUGUCUGUUCCAGGAAAAGCUGGUUGCAACAGCCGCAAAGAAGUUCAUCUGCGUGGCUGAUUACCGAAAGCUUUCACCUCGACUACUCACUGCUUGGAAAGCAAUUCCAAUAGAAAUCUCUCCGAUGGCUGCACCGACAAUAAAGAGAAUUCUCAUUACUCUUGGCUCUCCAGAUCCCAGAAUACGACAAGGAGGUAGUGCAAAGGCUGGCCCUGUCGUAACAGACAACGGAAUGUGGAUUAUGGAUGCUCCAUUUCCCAAAUUGCUCCUUCACUCUGAUCUGCAGCCGCAUGAUCAUGGCGAUGGUGAACAUGGCACGUGGGAGGUCCACAACCUCGGGCGCAGAUUGAAGAGAAUAGUGGGUGUCUUGGAGGUCGGAUUGUUCCACGGCAGAAAUGGAAUUCAAGUUGCCAGUGCCGGUGAGGAAGGUGGUGGACAGAAGCCCAUUGCUGCAUAUUUCGGAAUGGAAGAUGGGUCAGUCGAAGUCAGGGAAGCGAAGGAAGUUCAUGCUGUGAAGUCACGGCCAUGA